AAAUAAUAGCUUUAAGUUAAUGUGUUUAGGGAUCUACUUCUUCUUCCCUUCGUUGAAAAAAGUAUCUUCAACUCCAUCUGUCUCUUCCAAGCUCUCGUUGGAAAGGUUGCAGCAUUUUGGCUGAAUUUACUUCGCCGCUCGUAACCUUCAACAAAAUACAACAUGGGUCGUGUUAUUCGUGCCCAGCGUAAAGGUGCCGGAGGAAUCUUCAAGUCCCACUCGAAACAUCGUAAAGGAGCCCCCAAGUUCCGUCCUGAAGAUUUCGCCGAACGACAUGGCUACAUCAAGGGUGUCGUCAAGGACAUCAUCCAUGAUCCUGGUCGUGGAGCUCCUCUAGCUGUAGUCCACUUCCGGGACCCAUACAGAUAUAAGACCAGGAAGGAGAACUUUUUGGCUGUUGAGGGCAUGUACACCGGCCAGUUCAUCUACUGUGGCAAGAAAGCUACCCUCCAAAUUGGCAAUGUUCUACCUGUCGGCACUAUGCCUGAAGGUACCAUUGUUUGCAACGUUGAGGAGCAACAUGGUGAUCGCGGUACUCUUGCCCGUACCUCGGGUAACUACGCAACUGUCAUCGGACACAACCCCGAGACCAAAAAGUCCCGUGUCAAAUUGCCUUCCGGAGCCAAGAAAGUAAUUUCGUCCAACAACCGCGCCAUGGUCGGUAUUGUUGCUGGUGGUGGUCGUAUCGACAAGCCUAUCUUGAAAGCUGGUCGUGCUUACCACAAGUACAAGGCUAAGCGCAACUGCUGGCCAAUUGUUCGAGGUGUGGCAAUGAACCCCGUUGAACAUCCUCACGGAGGUGGUAAUCACCAGCACAUUGGUAAGGCCUCCACCGUCAAGAGAAGCACUCCCGCUGGUCGCAAAGUUGGUCUUAUCGCUGCUAGGCGGACGGGUCGUAUCCGUGGUGGUAAAGUUGAAAUCAAGGGAGAUGAUUAAAUGUAAUGUCAUCUUGUACCUCCUACCAAUACACGUUGGAGCUGACCAAA